AUGGAAGAUAGAAUGGUUUGGCCUCAUGAGAGGAAUGGCCAAUUUAGUGUUCGAAGCUAUUAUAGGUACAUUCUUGCUCAAAUUGGUACCCAGUUUGCAGAGGGUUCAAACGUACAGACCCAACACAUCCUUUGGAAACACUUGUGGAAGAUGAAAGUUCCCAAUAAAGUCAAAAUUUUUGCUUGGCGUGCCCGUAAAAAUGGCUUACCCACUGGUCAGCAGCUAGUCAAGAAGCAUGUUUUAUCCGAUGGCACUUGCAGUUUAUGUCUUAGUGAACUCGAAACUCUUGCACAUGCUGUGAUGAGUUGUAACGCUAUUCAUAAAAUGUGGGAAUUGUAUUUACAUGUUGUCUCUAUUGCUAAUAACAUGUCAGUUAUGGAUGUGGCCUUGCAGUUUUGUGACAGGAAACUAUAUGAUCAGUUGGCUACUUUCUUUAUGCUGAUGUGGAGCUUUUGGUUUCGAAGAAACAAGUAUGUGCAUGAGAAAGUAACGCUCUCUCCAAAGCAGGUGGCCGAUAAUGCACUGACUAUGUUGCACAGUUUUGAUAAGGUGAAACCAAAAACUCAGAUACAACUUAAGAAUCAUUACAGAUGGCAACAUCCUCCUGCAGAUUAG